AUGACCCAAGUCGUCGCCCGUUCUAUGGGGCUGGAAGGGUCAAAUACCAAACCCACGACCAUUCCCAUUCCUCCUCCCACCGCCGAUCCGCUCUCUCGUCUCCGCCCACCGCCAUCCCGCAAUGGCCAAAUCAACGUGGACACAUUCUCGCCCGUCAACGAAAAUGGGAGCUUUGCCUUCGAUCGCGUCCUCAAGACCGGCCAAGUGUUUCGCCGUGUCAAACACAAGCACGUCUUCCGGGCGUCAUGGAAACCCGCAUACCUCGUCCUGCGUCCCAAUCUGCUCUCCGUCUACAAGGAUGAAGAGGCUACUCGUCUCCGUGUCUCUAUCUCCCUUUCUGAGGUGACCGCCGUGGCCCCCGUCCGAUCUCCACGAUCCAACCGCGAACACGUCUUUGGCAUCUUCACCCCCUCCAAGAAUUACCGAUUUGAGGCCCUGUCCGAACGGGAUGCGGAGGACUGGAUCAGUCGCAUCCGCCGCGAGACGCCCGCGGACGAAGAGGAGGCCGCCUUCCUCGCACUGUCCAGGACACGGAAUCCACCCAUUAUCCAGAAACAGUUGAUCGAAGAUACGACGGAGCAUUCUGACUUUGACGGUGCAGGCAUCGGGAGCAGCGCUAGUCCUGGCUCACCCGAGCCUGCUCAUGGACUGUCUGCCGCCACCAGGAUCGGGGCCGGAGCUGGACUCCGUAAGCCACCCUACACUCAGGACUACUCGGGCAAUGAAAUCACCUCCUAUUCGGAGCUCUCCGACAAUGGAACCCCUCCCUCACGAAACGAACGCCUCCGGUCCAUGCCAUCGAUCCAUACUAUGUCCCUCUCGGCCCCCGAGGAUAAAUCUGUCACUCCCUUGCCUCGAGACCCGCCUCGACAAGACACCACGCGCCAUGCGGAUCCGGCCAUCCUGCGAGACCCCGAACGAGUGAUCUGUCAAGGCUAUCUCCAGGGUCUCCGCAUCAAAGGGGCGGUGCGACAAUGGAAACGACUGUGGGUGGUCUUGCGCCCCAAAAAUCUGGCCUUUUAUAAAGAUGACCAUGAAUACUCGGCCAUCAAAAUUAUCUCCAUGUCCCAAGUGAUCGACGCCGCGGAAGUGGAUCCCAUGUCUCGCUCCAAGAAUUUUUGCAUGCAGAUCAUUUGCGUGGAAAAGACGUACCGUCUUUGUGCCGGGGAUGAAGAGUCCCUCGCGCGAUGGCUGGGCGCAUUGAAGAGUAUCAUCGUCGCUCGGAAAAAGCUCGAAGCCAUGCCAUCCGCCACAGUGUAA